GUAUGGUGCUGCACAUUGCUUCAGCUCUCAUAGUCACAAGAGGAGGCACCAAUUCACAGAUAAUUUAACUGCAGUAAAACUGUCGAGAUGGCACAAGGAAGAGGAAGGACUCCGAUGAUUCUAUUGCUGGUAACACUGUGUCUGCAAACCUUCACUGGUCAAUGUCAAGAUUCAGGGCAGCCCUCUGAUCUGAGGAUUGUUCUGGUGGGUAAGACUGGAGUGGGGAAGAGUGCAACAGGAAACACUAUCCUGGGGACAGAGGUGUUUAAAGUGGAGGCCAAAGCUGAGUCUGUCACUGCAAAGUGUAAGAAAGGGAGUGGAGAGGUUCAUGGGAGGAAGAUCGAUGUGAUUGACACACCAGGACUCUUUGACACAACAAUGAGUGUAGAGCAAAUGAAAAGUGAACUAGAAAGGUGCAUCUACAUGUCAGUUCCAGGACCCCAUGUGUUCCUGUUGGUGAUCAGGCUAGGGAGGUUCACAGAGGAGGAGAGGAACGCUGUGAAGUGGAUCCAGGAGAACUUUGGGGAAGAUGCCUCAAUGUACACCAUGGUGCUGUUCACUGGUGAAGAUCAGAUAGGGAACAAAUCAGUUUCUGAGUUUCUGAAAGAGAGCAAGGAGCUGCAGAAACUUGUCACAAGCUGUGGGAACAGAUAUCACUCAAUCAUCAAUGUCAAGAGAGAAAACCGCACUCAGGUCAGAGAGCUGCUGAGGAAGAUAGAGCAGGUGGUGGAGGAUAAUGGAGGACUGUACUACACCAACCAGGAUUAUAAGAAGGCACAGGAAAAGAUCAAAGAAGAGAUGUGGAAAUACUGUAAAUAUGCAGCACUUGGUGGGGCAGCAGUAACGUUAGCAGGGGCUUUUUUUUCUUCUCCAACAUUGGUGACAGCAGGUCUAGUUGGAGGCCUCAGCCAAGGGUAUGAAUGUACUAAGGAGAUGUUUGGCCUGCCACAGAUGAAUUUUGCUGAAUUGUUAACACAGAAUUUUUUUGGCUUAGAAGGUUUGGCGCACGCACGUCUAGCUCUAGCUAGGGGCACGACGGGAGUGUUUUAUUAUCCUGGUCCUGGGGACACAAAGGGGUGCACAUUUUCGCCAUAGCACUACACAGCUGAUUCAAAUGAUCAACUCAUCAUCAAGCUUUGAUGAUUUGAAUCAGGUGUGUAAAGCAAAAACAAUACUGUACACCAAAAAUGUGCACCCCUUUGGUUCCCCAGGACCAGGAUUAAGAAACACUGCACUAAGGAGAUGCUUGACCUUUAAAACACCAGAGGUGCGUUCAGUUGGUUAAAUGUUUUGCUAUGUUUUGCGACAGUGUACUGAUCUACAUGUUUUCUUACAACUGAGAUGCGUUUGCUCCUAUUUUAUGGGUAUGACGGGGUGUGGACCAGAGGCAACUGAGAGCGAGGCCAGACUGAUCUGUGGACACCAAAUUAGAAUGGAUUCAUUUCGGUCCAUGGUCCAUGUGCAUGUAGAGUGUGCGAAGUAUAAAAUGCCCUCUUUUCUCAUUGGCUAAAUGGAUGGUUACUUAACCAUCGGCCCGUCAAAAAACGAAUCUAAACUUUUUGUUUGUGGAAUUGGAUGGAAAUUGUAUGGAUAUUGACGCGUCAUCUCCCCUGACCGUCAACGUACGAUUACUACUGAGAAAGCAUUGGAUUCACGGAUACGGAUAAAAUCAAUGUGCCGGUCUGGCCUCGCCCUUAUUCCCUGACUGGCUUGCACAAAACUCCUGCUGAAGUGGUGUGCACUAUACACAAUCACCCAAUCAACAACAAGAGUUAAAAUGCUCAAUGCUCUAUUUAAUUAAACGUUCACUACACCUUCUGAACGAAGCAGGUGUAGGCCAAAUUUAUUUUAUUGGCGAUAUAUAGUAUGUGCAUUAUGUAUUUAGUGGUAUUAAAAGUAUUAAAUGGCAGUGUAUGUUUUUAU